AUAUAUAUAAAAAAAGAUAAGUCAAUGUAUUUUUUGCGUGCUGACAUCACAGUUCCACUAGGGCGCCGCCUCCACGCUGCUGAUGCCCCCCCUUGCAUCAUCAGCACCAUUUCUGGCAUCCUCAUUAAACACACCGAGAGAGGAGGGGAGACUCCACGCAUCACGGGAGCGUAGAGGCGUCAGACCACCGCCACAGCAUCUCCGAUACACACCGUUCCGAGGCCCCGUCGACACAUCACAGCGCCUCAAACAGCUGAAGAGGAAGCUGACAUAUCCGGGCACACGGCCAGAGCUACACGAAGUAAUGGAGAGCCUGCUGGAUAAUCCAAUGAAAGCCGUUCUGUACCUGAAGGAGCUCACCACCAUCGUCCAGAACCAGCAAAGCCUGAUCCAGACGCAGCGCCAGCGCAUCGACGAACUCGAGCGGAAGGUGGAGGACCUGAUCGGAGAGAACCGACAGUUGCGGGACCCCCACCUUUACGUUCAGCAGUCCUCCCAGCACCACCACCACCACCAUCACCACCACCCGACUCAACGCAGCGCCAGUCCCCAGGCGCCGGCCCUCCUCCAUCAGCUCCCGGGGAGCAGCAACAAAGCCGCGGCGGCUCACAACAGCCAGCAGGCGCAGCAGCAGCAGCAUCCUCCUCCUCCUCCUCCUCAGCAGCAACAGCAGCAGCAGCAGAUCACCACCCCAGCGGCACAGCAUCAGCACCACCCGGCUGCCCCCGCGCAGCUGCAGCUAGUCCCCACCGCGCCGCAGUCCCCCAAAGUGAGCAAAGGCGGCCCUGACGCUGCCGAGGAGGACAAGAGGAGCGCCUGCUGCAAGUCCCUGGUUCCACAGACUCCCACCACGCUCUGCCGCUCCGUGGGUUUGGCCAGGAAAGCGGAGAACCAAACAGUCCUUCACCAGUUCUGCUGCCCAGCUCCAGAGGUCCCAGAAGGAGAAACCUCCACCGUGUGUGUGUCCAGCGAUGAACUUUCUCCAGACUCGUCUAUGGGGGAGGAAGGGAAGGGAGGUGAGGGGGAUCCGCAGAGUGAGGCCCAGUCUCAGCCAGAACCAGAACCACAACCGCUGUCCGAGCAACAGAAGCAAGAGACUCAACCACAAAGUCAGUCUCCAGAGUCACAGCCUGAGCCACAACCAGAGACUCACCUGCAACCUGAGACCAAACCCCAGUCAGAGCCAGAGCCAGAGCAGGAGCUCGCAGCUCAGCCCGAACCUCAGCCACAAGUUGAGCCGGCGAUCGAGGAGACACUACAGGAUGCACCUAAAGACCCUUUGCCUGGCAGAGAGCAGGAGACAGACGUGGAGACCCACAAUGAGAAGGCAGAAGGAGCUGUGGAAUCAAGAACAAAGCAAGUGGGAGAGGUGGAGGUGCAGAGCCAGGGCUGUGAGGGCGAGGCAGCACAGGCAGAAGAGGACGAGGAAGGGGGCGGAGCAAAAGGAGGUGGUGCAGGGAGGAGAGCCAGUCUACACCACACAGCCUCGCCCUUGAGGGUGCAGCGCAAUGGGGCCAGCUCGCACUCCGCCACCUCUGACUAUGAGCUCUCGCUUGACCUCAAAAAUAAGCAGAUCGAAAUGCUAGAGCAAAAAUACGGUGGCCACCUCAUCUCCCGCCGUGCAGCCUGCAAGAUCCAGACCGCCUUUCGCCAGUACCAGCUCAGCAAAAACUUUGAGAAAAUCCGCAAUUCCCUUCUGGAGAGUCGUCUUCCUCGACGGAUCUCCCUGCGCAAGGUCCGAGUACAAAACACAGAGGGUUUCUCUGCUGAACGGGCCCUGGCAGAAGGCUGCAGUUUGGCAGGCAUCCCAUUGGUCCGCUCACCAUCUCUGCCUGCCACUGUUGGUGGAACCCUGACCGACCUGGAAGACUCAUUCAGUGAACAGGUCCAGUCACUCGCAAAGUCCAUAGAUGAUGCCCUUAGCAACUGGAGCCUGAAGACCAUGUGUUCUCUGCAAGAGGGUGGCACCUAUCAGUUCACCGCAGACUCCUUUGCUAAAGCUGCGGCAGCACCGGGAGAAGGAGGCAGUGUGGGACAGUCAACCGUUCCCCCUAGUGUGAUAGACCCAAACGAUCUAUCAAAAAGUGCAAGUAAGCUGAUGAUGGCGUUUCGGGAUGUAACGGUGCAAAUUGACAGUCAGAACUUUCGAGUUUCGUCAUCAGUCAUGGAGUCAUCCACCUCCGUCACCCUCGGAAGCUGCAGCCAACAAACUGGAGACUCCACCACCGUUACGACCACAACAAAUUCCACACCAGAGCCUGUCCCACCUGGCUCCUUCCAAGAGACCUCUCCUCCUCCUCCAGAGACUCCAGCUGAACCUGUAGAUCCCCCACCACCACCCCAAGAGCCUCCACCCCCCCCAGAACCUGAGACGGACGAGUUUGAGCAGGAUGUAGAAUUUCCUGCACCACCUCCUAGUGAAGAGGAGCUAGGGGAUCAACCUCCCCUAACCCCUCUGGAUAAGAUGGCUACACCUCCAGACCUGGAGGACAUACCACCACCACCUCCACCAAAUGAAGCCGCUUACGCCCCUCCACCGCAAGAGGCUGCACUGUUAGCGAACUCUCCUGUUGUAGAGGCACUUGACGUUAACAGAUGUGGUUCUGAGACAGCAGACAACAGUUCAGAGCAGAUGAGCAGCAGCAGCACGUCCACAGAGGCACGCUCAACAUCAGAAACCUCUUCCAAGGAGGCGCUGCAGGCCAUGAUCCUGAGUCUGCCACGCUACCACUGUGAGAACCCCGCCAGCUGUAAAUCCCCCACGCUGUCCACAGACGUGAUGAGAAAACGCCUUUACCGCAUCGGCCUCAACCUCUUCAAUGUGAACCCUGACAAGGGCCUUCAGUUUUUGAUCUCACGUGGUUUCAUCCCAGACACGCCCAUCGGUGUAGCCCACUUCCUGCUGCAGAGGAAGGGACUGAGUCGACAGAUGAUUGGAGAGUUCCUUGGGAACAGCAAGAAGCCCUUCAACAGAGAGGUUCUGGACUGUGUUGUGGAUGAAAUGGACUUCUCAGGGAUGGAGCUGGACGAAGCACUUCGGAAAUUUCAGGCUCACAUUCGUGUACAAGGAGAGGCCCAGAAGGUGGAGCGUCUAAUCGAGGCCUUUAGCCAGCGUUACUGCAUGUGUAACCCCGACGUGGUGCAGCAGUUUCACAACCCCGACACCAUCUUCAUCCUGGCCUUCGCCAUUAUUCUGCUCAACACCGACAUGUACAGCCCAAACAUCAAGCCCGAUCGCAAGAUGCUGUUAGAGGACUUCAUACGCAAUCUUCGAGGUGUGGAUGACGGAGCAGACAUCCCUAGAGACAUGGUGGUGGGCAUCUAUGAAAGAAUACAACUAAGAGAGCUGCGCUCCAAUGAAGACCACGUCACCUACGUCUCCAAAGUUGAGCAGUCCAUUGUGGGCAUGAAAACAGUCCUCUCUGUUCCUCACAGAAGACUAGUAUGCUGCAGUCGACUCUUUGAAGUGACAGAUGUCAACAAGGCUCAAAAACAGGCUGCACAUCAGAGAGAAGUCUUCCUAUUCAAUGAUCUUCUUGUGAUCCUAAAACUUUGUCCAAAGAAGAAGAGUUCAGCAGCCUACACUUUUUGCAAAGCCAUGGGUCUACUUGGGAUGCAGUUUCACCUGUUUGAAAAUGAAUACUACCCUCAUGGAAUCACCAUCCUUUCACCAUAUGGUUCAGACAAAAAACAGGUACUUCACUUCUGUGCCCAGAGCGCCGAGGAGCUGCUCAAACUUGUAGAAGAUCUAAAGGAAUCAAUCGCAGAGGUGUCUGAGAUGGAACAAAUACGUAUUGAGUGGGAGCUGGAAAAGCAGCAAGGAGCCAAAACACACUCAGUGAAGAGCAAUGGCACACAGCUAGAGCUGCGAGGGAAGCAGGGCUCCCCGUCAGGAAAGCUGGAGUUAGAUGACAGAAGUGGACACAAUUCAGUAGAGGUGUCAAUUCACAACAGGCUUCAGACGUACCCGCUCAGCAGCAGCAGCACGGCUCGGAGCCCUGAGAGUGCGGCCCUUCUUAACAACCGAGGCCAGCUGCUUUUCCAGCAGGGGCCCCUGGGGUUAACUCAGGGGCCGAUGCCUCCACCUCAGCACAUGCACAGUCAGUCAGCAGCGAGCACCCCUGCCCACCAUCUACCCUUCCAGCAGCUUCCUCAGCCUGCUGCGAGUAUGGCCGAUUUGCGGCCCGAGGCGCUUAUUCAGUGCCAGCAGAUCGUCAAAGUUUUCAUGUUGGACAACAGCAGUCAUGGACGCGUGGAGGCCUUCCUCAGCCAGACGCCCACCCACCACUACCAGCAUCGCCCCUUCGGCCACCACCAGCUCAGUCGGUCCGCCGCAUCCACCCCUGUCCACUCGCCAGACGGCUACCAUGGCAGCGGCCAUCAACCACCUUUGCCUCCCCCACCUCCACCGUACAACCACCCUCAUCAGUAUAUACCCCCAGACCCCCGACUCAGUCUACAUCGGACCCCAAGCGGCUCUCGGAGCAUGGUCUGAAAGGUUAUUGGUUUUACUCAAAUGUAAACAUAGAUUACACUACCACAUCAAACUCUCACCUUUUCUGCCUAUAUAAAAGUACAUACUGUACAUAAUGAUAUAUAUAUAAAUACAGAAGAAAGAGCUAUAAUGAAAAAAUAAAACUACUUAUAUGCAUAUAUUUAGAAAAAUAAACUACAUAAUAAAUCAAGAUUUUAAAUCUGAAAAAGAGAAAUAAAGUGCAAAUAUGAAGUUUUACUUGUUUUCUCAUGUAUUUUGAAAUAUUCUGUAGUUUUAACAAAUUUCUAUAACUUUUGUGAGUUUUAACUCUUGCUAGAAAAACAAAACAAAAAACACUACAGAUGUUCCACUUGUGGAUGGAUUCUUUGUAGUUCCAGUGUUCAUCCACAAAUGAAUCCCUCAAAGUUUUGCAUCGUUUCCAGCAGUGGAUGAACACGCUCCAUGGAUGCUUUUGUUCGCGCCGGUCAUCCCAGACCUCAUGCUUCUGUUCUGAACGUGCACCUUCUGCUGACACUUAACUAAAAAAAUAAAAAUAAAAAAAUAAAGAACUUGGGCCACAGUUUAUUUGCCUCUACUAAAUAAAGACUUCUUUGCACUUGAAUGACCGCUAGGGCUGAAGAAAAAAACGUCUCUGCUUUAAGAACAUAGUCCUUUCAUGCUUUUCCCUCAAGGGAUUUGAAAAAAAUUGUGAGCAAAACAAUUAUUUAUAUGAUGAACUUUGACCUUCCAUUAUGCUGUCCUGAAAUAAAACAAGAACACAAAAUAUCAUCCGACACUAAGCUGUUUUCUUAUUUGCUUCUGUGUCGUAUCGUGGCUUUGACUCAUCAAAGAAGUUUGCUCAAUUGUCACCAGCCGUAUAUCGUUUCACAACGAGGGACAAAGGAAUCCAAAGGCAACUAUAUACAUGGACUCCUCCAAAAUCUCAACAUUUGUUGGUUUGGAAGGCAUUGUUUGUGUUUCGCUUGUCUGAUCAACCAUAUUGUCAUUUCCUUAUAGGACAUUUAGCUGCUUUAUGAAAGAAAAUGUUAAAAAUUUGUAAGCACCUACAACUGCUCUAGACCUGUUCUCCCCUCACAUAAUGUAUGUACAACUCUGUCAUCCAUUUUCACAGUUUUCGGGGAAUUCCCUAAAAAGAGGUUUCUGGUGCAACUACUAAAGAUGAAUAUAUACGUUUGGAUUUUCUUUUCUUUUAUUGUCCCCGUUGAGUGUUAUCCUUGAACUGAUUAAAACCAAACAUGUAAGACUGUACGUCACUACACUUCCCAGCUUUUUGUCUUUAAACUUUGUGACUUUUCUUCUUCUUCUUCUUCCAGACUGACAUUUAAAAAAACAAACAAACACACAGCUUGUUUUGCAAAAGCUGGCAUUGAAGGUAUUUGUCGUACUGUUGUCGAUUCUGCUUUAAAUAAGAGUGGAACAAAAAAAAAAUCCUUAUCUGAUCUCUCUUUGUUUUGUUCUGGCCUGGAUUGUAAAUACCACAAGCGAGCAGUGUCAGAACAUAAAAGACGGCUAUCUUUGGCCCUUUCGAAUUAUUAUCACUCUGUCACGCAUCCUUCAAAGGUCGGCAUCUGCCACAGCCUGAACAGGUCCAUCUUUAAAACAGACGCCCCACCAGGUACCCUGGAAUUGAUGUUGAGAUAAAUUAUUUCUAUCUGACCUCCAUCUGUCUGAUUUGUUGAUGUAUAAUCAGAGAGCUGAUGUAGCAAGGUCUCCCGUCUCAUUUUUCUGCCCUUUUGCCUACUUUAGAGUUCACCUUUUGAAAGGACAGAGGUCGUUUUUGUGUGGGCAUGCACACGUGACCCAUUUACCCCACUAAACAAGUCGAUCCAUCUCUGCUGUGUUCAUCCAAGUGAUUGCUUCUGAUACAUAAUGCAAUAGAAAAAAAAUAGUACUUUCAAAUCAAAGGUUGAUUAAUUUAACACUUUCGAUGGCUUAAAAUAAACUUUCAAAGGUUAUAUAAAAAACUUUCCCAUAUUACAUUUAAAGCUUUACUCAUGAAUUUUGCAUUAAUUGAUUAUGAUUGUACGGAUGUUCAUUUGUUUGUUUAAAUCAAUGUAAUUUCAUUUUAUUUUUUAUGCAUGACAUGAGUUUGAAGGCCUAUGGAACCUUGAAUUUACUGUGCAUGAUUGAAAUGUGUGAAGGAUGAACCUUUUUUAGGCUUUAUGUUGAACCUUUAGUUAUAACAAGCAACUUGUCAAAUUGAUCAAAUGGGCGGGGCAAGGAUUCUUCAGUGCCUCGUGAAUAAGAAGUUGCCUCUUUUUGAACCAUUUCUCUCUCUGCCUUUAGGUACUCGUGGUUGCACAAAAUCUUCUGAACUUGUUUUAGCACUUCAGAGGACAGAAGAACUGCGUGUACAUAAGGCACAAUAAAAAGACUUGUGUAUUUGCGAAAGAAAUCAAUGUAGCAUUUUGGAUGUGUAGCAAUUAUUAAGGCACUUUUCAUUAAGAAUCUGACAAAAAAAAGGGCUCUGCCAUACCAGCGCACUGCUUCACGAAUGACAUAUGGAUAUCGUUGGGCUUUUCAUCACUGUGUAUGCUCAUGCUUAGAAAGAACUGCCUUCAAUUAGAGGCCAUUCUUUUCCUGGAUAGGCCAGUGGAUGUUGAAAGCAACUGAUAAGGACCACCCCAUCCCUCAAGAGUCGGCUUUGAGCCCGUCUCUACCUGUCUUUCCACUAUAUCAACAUGCAAUUAAAGAGGAAUAAAGUCAAUUCACUCUA